GGGAGGAGUCGGAGCCGGGUCCCACCCCUUUCCCAGUAAACUUAUGUCGCUCCCACUUCGGCUGCAGGAGUUCGAAGGGCCGGGAGUCCAGCACACCCUGCUUUCCCCAUGGUUUCGGUGACCAGAUCCGUGUUUGGAGAGCUGCCCUCGGGGGCAGGGACAGUGGAGAAGUUCCGGCUGCAGUCAGACCAGCUGAGAGUGGACAUCCUCUCCUGGGGUUGCACCAUCUCGGCCCUGGAGGUCAAAGACAGGCAGGGCAGAGCCUCAGAUGUAGUGCUGGGCUUUGCCGAGUUGGAAGGGUACCUCCAGAAGCAGCCCUACUUUGGAGCCGUGGUUGGCAGGGUGGCCAAUCGAAUUGCCAAGGGAACAUUCACAUUGGACGGGAAGGAGUAUAAGCUGGCCGUCAACAAUGGGCCCAACAGUCUGCAUGGAGGAGUCAGAGGGUUUGAUAAGGUCCUCUGGACCCCUCAGGUGCUGUCAAAUGGUGUCCAGUUCUCCCGGGUCAGUCCGGACGGUGAGGAAGGUUACCCUGGGGAGUUAAAAGUCUGGGUAACAUACACGCUGGAUGGAGGGGAGCUCCUGAUCAACUACCGAGCGCAGGCCAGUCAGACCACACCCGUCAACCUGACCAACCAUUCUUAUUUCAACCUGGCAGGCCAGGGUUCCCCGAAUAUAUACGACCAUGAAGUCACUAUAGAAGCCGAUGCCUUUUUGCCUGUGGACGAAACCCUGAUUCCUACAGGAGAAGUUGCUCCAGUGCAAGGAACCGCAUUUGACCUGAGGAAGCCGGUGGUGCUUGGGAAACACCUGCAGGAGUUCCACGUCGGUGGCUUUGACCACAAUUUCUGUCUGAAGGGCUCCAAGGAAAAGCACUUUUGUGCGCGGGUCCAUCACGCUGGAAGCGGGCGGGUCCUGGAAGUGCACACCACCCAGCCCGGGGUCCAGUUUUACACGGGCAACUUCCUGGACGGCACACUGACGGGCAAGAGCGGAGCAGUCUAUCCCAAGCACUCUGGUUUCUGCCUCGAGACCCAGAACUGGCCCGAUGCCGUCAAUCAGCCCCACUUCCCGCCUGUGCUGCUGCGGCCUGGUGAGGAGUAUGACCACACCACUUGGUUCAGGUUUUCUGUGGCCUAAGGAAGUGUGAAGACAUGACCUGCUCCAGAACCAGGCUGGGAGCCCUUCAGCAGCCUGUCUCCUAUUCAGAGAUGAAAUGAAGAUCAGAGGCUUUAAAAGUGAUCCCGUGAAUUAAAAUCAUACAAAUGGAAGCUGUCAUGCCACCACUCUGAAUACUGAUCUCCUUUCCAGUGACUGGCUCUAAUAAUCAGCUCUAUUCUCUGUGUAGUUAAGAGAAGCCAACCACCAAGCAUCACCCAAGCCCUAACCCCAGCCCAGACCCCAUGCUGUUGGCUCCAUCUCUCCCCCCGCCUUUCUUUUCUACUUUUCACCCCUGCUUUCUUUGAGCCGACACUCAUUCCCUUUCUUUUUCUUCCUCCUCUACCUCAAACCACCUUGCCCUUGAGCAUCACUUUGGAGUUCUCAGAGGCCACAUUAGUUCACUCAACAUGCUGGCAGAUGGACCUCUGCCCUGAGUAGAUGAUUGACAAGUGAGGGAGCUGAGGCUUAAAGAAGCUAAAUGAACCACCUGAGGGCCCACAGCCAGGAACAAUGUGCCAGGACUUGAGGUCAGUCAUGCAUUCCACCGCUCAUGGGCAAAGCGGGGUCUGACCCUUAUCUCUUAGAGCCAGCCUUGCUUCCCAGGUUCACUUUUAUAAAAAGCAUUAUCCUGUGAUUAACUGUCUCCCUGCCUUGGACGUGGUGUGACUUAAAGUACAGUAAAGAACCUGUAAUUUUGAUUCUCUGCCAUUGAAGUUAACUGAGAAAGCCCACACCGUAUGGAAGAAAGGAAGCAGAGUCAGGAGCUAUGUCCAUGUGAGGAGGGCCUUACCUGAGGACCGCACAUGGCACCUGGAACAGAUGUUAUAUGAGGCUUGGGGCUCCCUCUUUUCCUGAAGAGUUGAGUCAUCUGUGAUGGGUUGGGGCUGAUGGUUUUACAAGAAAGGUACCUUUUAAAUACUAGCAAUCAGUUGAAAUUUUAAAAAGCUCUACACCGCCCAGCCGGUGUGGCUCAGUGGUUGAGUGUCGUCCUACGAACCAGGCCAGGGUUCGAUUCCCCGUCAGGGCAUAUGCCCAGGUUGUGGGCUUGAUCCUCGGUGUGGGGCAUGCAGGAGGCAGCCAAUCAAUGAUUUCUAUCAUUAUUGAUGUUUCUAUCUCUUUCUCCCCUCUCCCUUCCUCUGAAAUAAUAAAAAAAAAAAGUUUAAUAAAUAAAAAUAAAAAGUCCUGCACUUUCAAAGACUUCAGAGUUUCUUCACUUACCUUCAAAUCGUACAUGGACCAAGUCUAUGGUGUGUUCUGGGUUCUAUGCUCUCCAAUACGACCCCCGCAUCUUCCUAGAGGAAAGCUACCUAACUGGCAGCCUAUUGAGCUCCCCAUACUUCCCCUUUCUUAGCAACCACAAUAAACCAAAGAGAGUGUUUAUCUUUUAGUUCACUUCAGCAUAGAUUUUCUGAGUACCUAUCUGCACACAGUUCUCUACUGAGUCUUUUAAGGGAGGUAGGAGGUGAUGUCUAAGAUGUAGUAUGUUCCCUCAGGGAUAUCACUGUCUCUGGGAGAGAAAAGACCAAUAGCAAUUUGAUGACGUGGAAUUGCACUGACACGGCUGGGAGCCCUGAACUAAUACUAACUUUGCUUCUGGCAUCUACUACAUGGGCAAACAAUCUAAUUUCACUUGGCCUCUGUUUUCUCACUUGCAAGGCAAAGUACUUUGUUUUUCUCUGUUCUGAAAAUAGAAUUGUUUUUACCAUAAGCCUAGCCUAGAGUAGCCCAAAUAAGGAUAUUCAACUUUAGAGCAUCUGAGAGAAGUUACUGGUAUUUUAAUUGUGUUUAUGAAAGCCAAUAAAGACGCAAAGUUUGAUUGUCAA